AACGUGUCGUACAGUACAAACCGUUUCACAAGGUAGAAAACGUUCAAGCGAACUGAACACACCUCCUGUUAUAGCGCUUCCUCUGAUAAUUCUGACCAAUGGUAGAAGAACGGAGGCGGGCCCAUUUCAUGUUAGCCAAUGGGGUGAUUCGUUGAUGCUACGUCUCAUAGCAGCUACUUUCAUCCGGAUGAGGGAUUUAAAGUUCACAGCAAUAUCAGAUUACCACUCUUCCACCAGCGAAGAUGUACAGCUAUCAUGGUACCAUCAGAGUGUUGGUGCAGGUUCUUUGGGCCCACCUGCUCUGUGGAUGGACGUUUGGCUCCGAGCUUACGUUUGAGCUUCCAGAUAACGCAAAACAGUGUUUCUAUGAAGAUAUUACCAUUGGCACCAAGUGUACACUUGAGUUCCAGGUUGUCACUGGCGGGCAUUACGAUGUUGACUGUCAUCUAGAGGAUGCAGAUGGUACUGUUCUUUACAAAGAAAUGAAGAAGCAGUAUGACAGCUUUACAUUCACAGCUGCCAAGAACGGAACACAUAAGUUCUGCUUCAGCAAUGAGUUUUCCACCUUCACGCAUAAGACCGUCUACUUCGAUUUCCAAGUUGGAGAGGAUCCCCCACUUUUCCCCAAUGAGAACAGGGUCACUGCUUUAACCCAGAUGGAGUCUGCCUGCGUGUCCAUUCAUGAGGCCCUGAAAUCGGUCAUUGACUAUCAGACACAUUUCCGUCUGCGGGAGGGUCAGGGACGCAGCCGAGCCGAGGACCUCAACACAAGAGUGGCUUUCUGGUCCAUUGGGGAGGCCUUCAUUUUGCUGGUAGUCAGCAUCAGCCAGGUGAUCUUGCUGAGAAGCUUCUUUUCUGACAGGAAGACCACCACCACGCGUGUUGGAUCCUAACAUCCCACAGCAUCUCAUCCCGGUCACCUCCACAAGGGACUUCAGAUCCAACGCCACCAACAACAGUUCAUGGCAGAAUGUUUUUUAUAGAUGCCAUUCAUAAAAUUAGAAUUUAAGGUACGUUCAGGCUUUGAAGUUACUUUUAAACACCCACUGGAUUAUCUAAAUAAAAUCUAGCAAAUAAUGUUGGAAAUGCAACAACGUAUUUAUCAUGUGGGUGCAUAUUGUUAUUGUUUUUUACAACACUGUUUACCAGAAUAAUGUGAACAAACUGGUAGCCUGUCUUGCAGUUCUAAUUUGACACCUACUUGAUACAUUAAGUCGUAGUUGCAGAAUUUAAUUUGAGCACAGUUCUCACUUCCUUAGUAAUGACAAUUCAAACGUGGUUGUUAGAUUCAAGUUGUGAUAUCAAAAGUACUCUGUCUGUUGUAAACAAUUGGUUUGCUUUUAAUGUGAGUCCACUUAACAGGCUUGUGGCAAGCAGAGGUCGUGUUUUGGGUGGAUAGACCUUGACUAGGAGUUUAACCAUCUCUUUAUUGUAACUGGUGCUUUGUUGUUGGUUUAUAUGGUUAAAACAUGAAUAUGAAGCUGGUGUAAGCACAAUUAUUUAAUUUAUUUCAUAUUAGGCAUGUGUGUGGUCAUAUUUUGUUUGCAUACUGUUCAUGAUUGUUUCUGCACAGUCAUCAGCUUGUUGGCAGUCCAAGGAAUUGUUUCCUUAUUUGCAUAGCUUAAUAAACAUUCUGGUAAACCCA